UCUUCUUUAACAAGGCAGAGGCGCCACCAGCUGCUCCACCUCGGCUCGUCCCCUCCCUCUCUCCUCCCCGAACGAACGAACAAAAAGGAGGCAUCGCUUCCCUGCCCUGUUGCUGCACUGCGCCUCUCCCCCCACCGGGUCUCCUCAGCUCAACCUCUCUCGCCGCCUCGCCCUCCCUCCGUCCGCGACUCCACCCGAUGCCGCCGCCGCUCGAGGCGCGCGACUACAUCGGCCUCGGCGCCGCCGCGUCCUCCUCCUCGUCGUCCUGCUGCUCCGGCGGCAGCGAGGGGGCGGCGGGGCCGCACCUCGCGCUACGGCUCGGGCUGCCGGGGUCCGAGUCCCCCGGCCGCGGCGCGGGGGCGGAGCACGUCGACGCCGCGCUCACGCUCGGCCCCGCGCCUCCCAGGGGUGGCGCCAAGCGCGGGUUCGCUGACUCCCUCGACCGGCCCGCGAAGCGGGAUGCUGAUGCCGGUGACGCUGAUGGGGUCGUGAGGGGGGAGGAGGAGAAGGGUGUGGCUGAAACCGCUGCUGGAGCUCCGCGGGCUGCCAAGGUGCAAGUUGUUGGAUGGCCUCCUGUUCGGAAUUACCGAAAGCAUACACUAGCUGCGAGUGCCGCAAAGACAAAGGGGGAAGAUGAAGGUAGGAGUGAGGCAGGAUGCUGUUAUGUUAAAGUCAGCAUGGAUGGAGCUCCAUACCUAAGGAAGGUGGACCUCAAGACCUAUUCGAGCUAUGAGGAUCUCUCGCUUGGUCUUGAGAAAAUGUUCAGUUGCUUCAUCACUGGUAAAAGCAGUUCAGUCAAGCCACCAAGGGAGAGGCUUACUGAUGGUUCUAGGGCUGAUGCCCUUCAGGACCAAGAAUAUGUCCUUACCUAUGAAGACAAAGAUGCUGACUGGAUGCUUGUUGGUGAUCUGCCUUGGGACUUGUUCACUACGAUUUGUCGAAAACUUAGAAUCAUGAGAGGUUCUGAUGCUGCUGGCAUGGCUCCAAGAUCACUGGAACAGAUUGGACGGAACAAAUAGGGUGCCUUGCCGUGCACGGAAUCGUGAAUGUAACAGAGUUUACGAUGGCGCUGAAGGGAGCGAUGUUUUAUCUGAAGUGCUAAGUCUUUUUCCACAUGUGCAGUGAGAUCUGUGGCCUACUGUAAGACGCCCAUUUUGCCCACGAGGUUGUCAUGUGUCAUAGUAGAUGGUCGCUUUUGUCUCUGAAAGAUCACGGUAGCUUACUGCUUCCUCUAUGAUACUUUCAUCAGUUUGCUUAUAUAUUCAGAAGUCUGUACUUCACAUCGUAGAAGUAAAAAAAAAUGUUCAUGUUGUCACAUACGAUUUCUCCCGUGCUGCGCUUUUAAGUCAAUCUAAUUAUUCAGUCGAUUGGGGAAAAAAAAUCUAAUCAUUCAGUCUGUAAAUCGGCUCUGAUAUCUUACCUGAUAGCCUGAUAACGGGUAGUAUAACUCUGUUGAGUUGACCA